AGGCGUGCGGCGCCGGCGGGGCUGAAGCUGGGCUCCCGCGCGUUUUCCUUUCUGGGGCCUCGGGGUCCACGUUGGCUUCCCCGGGCCUCUCUGCCUGUUAGAGUUUUCUGUGCCCGCGAGGCCCGCGUCGCCGACUCCACCGUAACGCAGAGAGCUUCCCCGGCCGAGCCUGCCACUCCCUCCUCCGGCGCCCCCGGCCGAGUUGGACCUUCGUCCCUUACCUUCGGCAGCCACGGCGGUCCUUUCCUGGUUAGGUUCUCAUCAGAACGUGUGACCCGGCGUGUGCUCGGAAAGUAAGGCCGCCACUUUUGCACUUCCCUCUCCCAACGUUUGGUCUUCUCAGCCAUUAUGGCUGUCAAGUGGAUUGGUGGACAUUCUUCUCCUAUUCUCUGCCUGAAUGCAAGUUCAGAAGGGCUAGUGGCUUCUGGAGCAGAGGGUGGAGAUCUCAUGGCUUGGGGUGAAGAUGGGACUCCAUUGGGACAUACACGCUUUGAAGGGGCCAAUGACGUUACCUGUGUCUUAUUCUCUCCCUCCUGCCCCACCAAGCUCUAUGCCUCGCAUGGAGAAACUAUUAGCAUACUGGAUGUCAGAUCCCUCAAAGGUUCCCUGGACCAUUUUCAUGUGAAUGAAGAAGAAAUCAAUUGCCUUUCAUUGAAUGAAACCGAAAACCUGCUGGCUUCUGCUGAUGACUCUGGAGCAAUCAAAAUCCUAGACUUGGAAAAUAAGAAAGUUAGCAGAUCGCUGAGGAGACAUUCCAACAUCUGUUCUUCUGUGGCUUUUCGGCCUCAAAGGCCUCAGAGCCUGGUGUCAUGUGGACUGGAUAUGCAGGUGAUGCUGUGGAACCUUCAGAAAGCCCGGCCACUCUGGAUUACAAAUUUACAGGAGGAUGAAACAGAAGAAAUGGAGAGCUCACAGUCACCGGGUCAGCUUUUAAAUCCUGCUCUCGCCCAUUCUGUGUCUGUGGCAUCGUGUGGCAAUAUUUUUAGUUGUGGUGCAGAAGAUGGAAAGAUUCGAAUCUUUAGGGUAAUGGGAGUCAAGUGUGAACAGGAAUUGGGAUUUAAGGGCCACACUUUGGGAGUAUCCCAGGUCUGCUUCCUGCCAGAAUCUUAUUUGCUGCUUACUGGAGGGAAUGAUGGGAAGGUAAUGAUGUGGGAUGUAAGCAGUGAAGUUGAGAAAAAACAGAAGAGUCCUACAAAACAUACCCACAGGAAAAGCACUAAAAGGGCAACUUACACCAACCAGGGUGGAAACACUAAUACUUCAGUAACACAUGAAGAACAGGGCAAAAUUUUACCAAAGCUAAGUAUUGAACAUGGAGAAAAAGUGAACUGGCUCUUGAGUACAAAAAUAAAGGGUUGCCAAAAUAUAUUAGUAGCUGAUCAAACUAGUUGUAUAUCUGUGUAUCCCUUAAAUGAAUUUUCAAUCCAAUAAAAACAUUUGAAUAAGCAGUCAA